UCCGUGAACGCAGCAGCGCUGGUGUGCUCGGUGUGGGAUGCUAAAGGCACAGCAGCGUUUUAUGAAUGAGUUAGUGUCGGGCCUCUGAUAAACACCGAGCCCAGCGGAGUUAAAUAUUAACUGAUUUGAUAACACUGUGAAUAUUAAUCUGUUGUGGCUUCUCUUCAGCCUCCUGCUCUGCUUCUCUCUGAGCUAUUCCAUCGUAUCAGCACCGCAACGUUAUGCUAACCGGGCAAUGAUGAGCUAGCUAGCUAGCAUCUUUAGUUGAUGUGGGCACAACUGACCUAAAUGGGUAGAAAACCAAGAAAGUUCCUUUUCCAGCAAAGUUCAAAACGCUUGUGUUGAGUUGUUUUCACAAUAUUUUCACAAUGGACAUAAAUUUUUACUCGGAUCUGUCGGAUGGUUGUGCUCAAAAUGUUGACUCGGAGUUUUUGGACAGUCAAGGAUAUGGAGGAUACUCUGAGGACAACAAGUUUGCAGAGGGCAACGACAGUUACCUGACCAUCAGUGGAGCGGGUCACCCGUUCCUCUCAGCCGAGCAGACAUUCCAUACUCCCAGUCUCGGUGAUGAGGUGUUUGAGAUCCCACCCAUCUCCCUGGAUCCAGACCCAGCUCUGGGCAUCAGUGAGUUUGAGUUGACAGAUGGGUCAGACGGAGCCGGGGGACCCUCUGGCUCCCGCAGCCUCGUCAGCAACCUGGUGGUUGAGGCCAACGACCCCUCCUUCGCCUCCACCUUCGUGAACUCUGGGUCUCAAGGCCUGGAGCAGUUGAACCUCGGGGGAAUGGGUCAGGUUGGAGUGGGGGCCCUGCUGAGCUCCUCUGCCUUGGAACUUGGAAAUUCCAGUGGUUCACAUUUCAGCAGCUCAUCCCCUAUGACCAUUGACGUACAGCUAGGUGACAUCGCUCAUGGUCUUUUAGGAAGUCAUUUGACGACAAUUAACCAGUCGGAGCUGGCGCUGGGUCUGGGUGAAAACAUCGUGCAUCAUUCAGAGAGACCCGAGCAGCCGCUGUCAGCCACACCAUCUCCAGCUGGUUCGCUGCAGGAUGAAGACAUGGAUGACUUCAAGAGGAGUGUACUGGUGGACUCCCCCAUGUGUCUCUCCUCUUCCUCCGUCCUCUCCCACAUGUCCUCCCACUCAGCUCUCACAUCCUCCAUCUCCCUGGCUACGGGCAGGAGGGGCGGGGGGAAGCCGGCCUCACUGGCCUCGAUGAGUGGGGCCUUGGGCGUAAAAAAAGGACGGAAGAAGAAAGAUCCAAAUGAGCCGCAGAAGCCCGUUUCAGCCUAUGCCUUGUUCUUCAGAGACACACAGGCUGCCAUUAAGGGCCAGAACCCCAACGCCUCUUUUGGAGAGGUGUCAAAGAUCGUGGCCUCCAUGUGGGACAGCCUGGCUGAGGAGCAGAAACAGGUGUACAAGAGAAAGACGGAAGCAGCCAAAAGGGACUAUUUGAAAGCGCUGGCAGCUUACAAAGCCAACCAGCUCUCACAGCCUGCCAUUGAGGACAUGGAAACUUCCCCUUCACCACCUUCACCUGUCAUUAACACAACUCCUACAGCCUCGCCCUCUGCUGGUCACCAGCCAAUGCGCCCAAUGAACAACAACCUGGAAGAGAACACUAUCACCAAUAUUUGUGCCUCCAACAUUAUUCUUGACGUCCCAGAGAGGACCACACGAUCCCGCACAGGGGCAAACAAAGCCUUGUCUCCAGCAGCAGCUCCACCACCAGCCCAGACUGUCACCAAGAUCAUCAUCCCAAAACACAUCCUGCAGGCGGGGGGCCAGGUUGUGACGAUGUUGCCCGGAGGGCUCCGCACAUUGCAGCCCACACUGGUAGUGUCGACUGGCUCUCGUCAGCCACCGCCAUUGCAGCAGAUGCAGAAUGCUCCUCCACCACCACGGCUCCAGCAAAUGGCGCCAGCACCGCCACCAUUACAAGCCAAGCCUCGCGAGGGGAACGCCAUUACAGGUGUCCCUGUGUCUGUCACGGCUACACCUCCACCUCCACUCCAGAUAAAAAUAGUUCCUGCCUCUUUGCAGGCCAAAGAAACCAUUCCAAUUAUUGUCCCUAAUACUGUGUCCGCAUCAUCUGCUGUGACUUCGUCCUCCCAGUCUGCACCUGUUGUGUCGGUGCAGGUGGUGAAUUCAGCUGACGUGCCGGGGAGUCCAGAUGAGGAUGAAGUUACAGAAGUUCUGCCCUCAGAAGAGGAUGAGAUGGAGGUGAAUGGAUCCGUUGGUGCAGCAGCCAUGAAUAGUAUGUGUAUGAGGGUGGGCUGUAACAACCAAGCAGUGGAGAGUGACGACUGGGACAAAGAGUACUGCAGCAACGAGUGUUUGGCCACUCAUUGCAGAGAUAUAUUCAAAGCAUGGUUCUCCAUCAGGAGUCACAACAUGGGAACAGUGAAGUAAAGAGCCACUUUUUCGAUCGGAGCCAGCAUUGAUCAUUAAAAGACGGAGGCAGAACUGGUGUCAAAAAACAUUUUCCUAAAAUUUCAACCAUGCAUUUCACUACAGCUACAAAAUGUCAUAAUUACCGCACUAUUCUGUUUAUGUACUAUAGGUUUUGACAGUUGCUGAUAUGACAAUUAAAAUAGUAUUGCUACAAGGACAGCUGGUAUUUUUGUCACUCUAGCUAUGGAAACAUCGGCUAUGUGGAUAAUGAAAUUGUGCUAUGUUUUAAUAUAUGUACAGAUUUUAGUCCGACAUCAAGGGAUUUGUGGCAGCUAGAGAGAAUAUUGGCACAAUGAAGUAUACAAGACAAGGAAAUUGUCUUUAUAACAGCAUACGUCGUACAUACAGGACACAUUCAUUUCGAUUUUCUUUCUAUUUAAACCCCCACAGGGCAGUUUAUACUUGUUACAUAUAACUUCUGUUGAAAAAGGAAUCAACAGGUAAGAAAAGUGUUUCUCAAAGCGCCUCGCUCCAGCAAAGAUGUUUAUGGCGUUACUGCACAGUUCUCACCAACUGAUUUCAGACUCAUGUUGUGAUGUUCAAUCAUUAAGCGACAAAAAACAGUAUUCAAAUGCCUUAGUUUGAGAAGAAAACUGUUUGUAUCACCUUGUUUUUGUACUGAGAAUAUUGACCUUAACAUUUUAUUCAGAUUAAUGUCAGUUGUUAAAAAAUGUUCGACUUUCAUGUUUUCUUAAAUAAAUUAGAAAAAAAAAUGA